AUGAGAUUCUCGAAAGUGAGAGAGUGGUAUAUUAUUAAGAGAAAAAUCAUAGAAAUAAUAAUUAGUUUUGUCGUAGUCAUUAGAAUAGAUUCAACGAUGCAAAUUCAUUAUCAUUGUCAUCUGAUAAGAUUACUAUUCGUCGUGCUUUGUACUUGUAUACUUUUACUAUCAUCAUCAUCAUCAUCAUCAUCAAUAGGAGUAUUAGGAAUGUCACAACACUCACAUAGCCACCAUUAUAAUAAUAAUCCAACAAAUACACAACAACAACAACAACAGGAUCAAGUACCUCCAAUGAUCAUAACUGACCAAAAGUUAUUUGAUAUUCAAGAACCUCCUGUAUGUGUUCUAUUACCAUAUGAACCAGAUAUAAAUAAUGUUGACAAUAGUAAAUAA